CUAUUUUCAAUGCAAUUUUUACUAUUUUUCGUCUGUCAAAAUUAAAAUAAUUAUAAAAUUUUUUUUUAAUAUUCUAAAAUUUUGCUAUUUAAUAAGUCGGUAGGAGAAAAGUGUGUAAAUGCCGUUCGUGGAGGUCGGUGUAACGCUUCUCGUACUUACCGGUAGCUGCUUUUUCGUAUUGGGAGCCUACUAUCAACACAAUGAUUUCUUGUAUAAACUCCAUAGGCUCAUACAAGAAGAUCCAUACGCUUUCUAUAUACGCGAAAAGCUGUACGAUACGCUCCAACUUUUCAAUCCCAACUGUUUGGACCGAUCAGAUGUAUCCAAUUCGCGCAUGUCACAGAUCAUGAAAUAUGGCUUCCCCGGCUUAGACGACAUACGUGUCUAUUCGGAUUUUAUACUCUCAUACGACCGUCGCAAUCGUGUUGCUCAUUGGGUUUACGAACAUUUACGUGCCCCCUGUGUUAAGAAUACUGGAAAUGGCGUAACUAGUCAUAAAGCUAACUAUCAACCUGAUAUGAGUGUCCCUUCCAACUUUCGUUCUGUUUUGACCGACUACAAAAAUUCGGGCUUUGAUCGUGGACAUUUGGCAGCCGCAGGCAAUCAUAAAUGCCAUCAAACACAUUGCAAUGAAACAUUUUAUCUAACCAACAUUGCGCCACAAGUGGGAAGGGGUUUCAACCAAGACGCAUGGAACAAUUUGGAGAAUUACGUACGUGAAUUAACCGAAAACUAUGGAUCUGUUUAUGUUUGUACCGGCCCAAUGUAUAAGCCAAAGCGUCAGUUGCAAGAUGUUACUGAAGUGAGAAAUAGCAGAACGAAGAAUGAUAAGUGGUGCGUGGAAUAUGAAGUAAUUGGUGAGAAUACCGUCGCCGUGCCGACACACUUUUUCAAAGUUAUCACUGUGGAAUCCAAACUGUCAGGCGGAUCACCCUAUAUGGAAGCGUAUAUAAUGCCAAAUGAACCUAUUAGUAGAAAUACGAAUAUACGAAAUUUCCUUGCUGACAUCAGAGAAAUCGAACACAUUGCAGGGCUUCAGUUUUUCAAUGGCUUGCGCCGGAGCUUCUUUUUUGGCACUAACUAUACCACUACUCCGGAAAUAUAUAAAAAUUUCGCAUAACUUCAUUGUCGUAAGAAUAUAUUUGGAAUGGGCGAUCAGAAUGCAGAACCAUAGAUUGGCCACAAUGUUAUGUUUUUUGAUUCAAAAUUUCUUUUUCAAAGCCACAUAAGCCACGCUAUAGAUUAUACUGAUCCGUAUACUGUCAAAUUACUUUACUACUCUUGUGCGAUCGAAACCAGAAUAUACUGUUUUCAUCUGUGAGCUAUA